AUGCUUGGUUCACUGAAAAAGGUCUAUCUUCUGCUCAAACUUGAAAAGGAGCACCAGAAACCUUUGCCGGGCAUUGAAUUCUUUACGCAGCUUUGGGAACGACGCUUCCGUCACCAGUCCGCUCAAUCUCAGUCUAUCUCACGAACGAGAGGCUCUACGAUCGAAAAGACCUUGUUACUGGACUACGGGGAGUGGCCUGUUAUAAAUGGCUUUCGGGCCAUGCGGACAGGCCAUGUUCUCUUGGGUAUAUGUCUCCUCCUACGAGCAGCUCUCUGGACUGCAGGCGGUCUUACCGCAGCAAUCUUUGCGACAACUCUGGUUCCUUCUAAGGCUCCCGCCACUCUCUACAGUGAUCAAAGCUUUGACGAAUAUCUUGGUUGGGACGAGGCAAGCGGCUCUGAUAACGCAUCGGCAACACCAGCAUUUGACCUUGUGAGUGCCACGGUUUUAAGAAGUGGAGAAAAUCAUCCUUGGACGACAGAUACACAUUCUUUCUUGCCAUUCACGCCUAUUUCCAAGGACUUCCGUGGAAACUACACCUUCGAAACUGAGGCAUACACCUCAAAUCUUGACUGCACUAUCGCUAGCGAGAACGAUCUAGUCAAGAUCGGGGGGAUAAGUCUUGAUCUCGAGGAGGACGACGACCUGGAUUCUGCUCAAAUUCGUUUCAGAUUUAAGCACGAGGGCUGUGAUGUCAAUAAGUGGUUCACUCUUACAAACAACGCCCUGCAGUACGCAAGAACUUGGUAUACCAACUGCGGUCUGAGCAGCGGCCGAGCAAGAUUCGGAAUGUUUUCAGGGGUCUUCAACGCAACCGAAAAAUAUCACCUGUCCAACUUAACGGUUGUGACUUGUCGGCCUCUGAUAUAUAAGUCUAAUGUCACGCUGGAAAUGUCAUUUCUUAACGACACCACUGCCCCCAAGGUGAUUAAGUUCGCACAGACAAGUAGAGAGCAGUUCUGGCCUGAUUUCGUGUCCGGUUGGCUGCGAAACAUCCCGCGAUACUCGCUCUUCGAUCCAACUAUAUACAACGACAUGGAUACCUUCUCGCGUCUGGUCAUCGGACAUGCUUCCGGGGAGGCUACCAUUGACACUUUGCCGGACAAACAAAAGAUUGGAAACUCCUUCAAUGUUAUCUUUGCCGCUCUUUUUGCCAACUUCGUGACGUUGGAAGCUUAUCCUAGUAUACAGAGACACGAGGUCGCCGGUACCAUGUCGCGGCUGAGACUUCGAUUGUUUGUGGUCAAGUCUGCUGCACUGGCUACAGUGAUUAUCCUUUCUGUCACAUUUGUCACCACUGUCAUUCUGGCACUUCACUUACACCGCAACCGACAUAUCACUAGUCUGUACAUGGACCUCUUGCUGGGUACGGCAAUACUCCUACGAAACGGGAGCUCUAGCGGGCUUGACAGUUACUUGAAUGACCGAGCAAUGUUGAAUAAUGCCCCUAGCUCGUAUACAUAUGGGAUUAAUCUCGUAGAAGCUGAGAAGAGGAAGUCGGAUGUGAAAAGUCGUGAAGUAUGGGUAGAAGGAACACCAAGGACUCUGCAUAUAAAUUGGCCAUAA